GCCUCCGCUGCCCGCGCCGCCUCGGGUCCCGCGGCCCGGCCGGCCGCCCGCGCCGCUGCGAACCAUCCAUGGUGCAGCGUAUGUGGGCCGAGGCGGCCUGGCCUGCGGGCGGCGCCGAGCCGCUGUUUCCGGGCUCCCGGCGAAGCCGCAGCGUGUGGGACGCCGUGCGCCUGGAGGUGGGCGGCCCCGACAACUGCCCGGUGGUGCUGCACAGCUUCACGCAGCUCGACCCCGACUUGCCCCGUCUGGAGAGCUCCACACAGGAGAUUGGCGAGGAGCUGGUCAACGGGGUCAUCUACUCCAUCUCCCUACGCAAGGUCCAGGUGCACCAUGGGACCAACAAGGGUCAGCGCUGGCUCGGGUGUGAAAAUGAGGCGGCCCUGAACCUGUAUGAGACCUGCAAGGUGCGGACCGUAAAGGCAGGCACGCUGGAGAAGCUGGUGGAGGACAGCUUCCGGAUCUUUCAGAAGCUGUCGGAGAUUUUCUCGGACGAGAACAACUACUCACUGAGCAGAGAGCUGCUCAUCAAGGAGGGGACCUCCAAGUUUGCCACCCUGGAGAUGAACCCCAAGAGAGCCCAGAAGCGACCAAAGGAGACGGGCGUCAUCCAGGGCACCAUCCCCUACCUGGGCACGUUCCUCACCGACCUGGUGAUGCUGGACACCGCGAUGAAGGACUAUCUUGCCAUCUCCUCCAUCCUGGGCACCUGGCUGGACCAGUACUCAGAGGACUUCUGCCAGCCCCCGGACUUUCCCUGCCUCAAGCAGCUGGUGGCCUACGUGCAGCUCAACAUGCCCGGCUCCGACCUGGAGCGCCGCGCCCACCUCCUCCUGGCUCAGCUGGAGCACAUGGAACUCACUGAGGCUGAGCUGGAGGCUCUAUCACCAGCUCCAGCUCCAGCUCCAGCUCUAAAGACAACUCCAGAGCCAGAGCCAGCUCUAGCACCAGCUCUAGCUCCCAGUCCAGUGCCAGCUCUAGAACUAGAGCCAGAGCCAGCUCCGGCUCCAGAGUCAGUGCCAGAGCCAGUGCCGGCUCCAGAGCCAGUGCCAACUCUAGAGUCGGCUCCAGCACCAGAGUUAGAGCUAGAGCCAGCGCCAGCUUCACCACCAGCUCCAGAGCUGGAGUCAGCUCUGUCACACACCCUAGAGCUUGAGCCAGCUCCAGCACCAGAGCCCUCCUGGCCUUCACCCGUGGCUGCAGAGAACGGGCUGAGUGAGGAGAAGCCUCACCUCUUGGCGUUCCCCCCUGACCUGGUGGCGGAGCAGUUUACCCUGAUGGAUGCGGAGCUGUUCAAGAAGGUGGUGCCCUACCACUGCCUGGGCUCCAUCUGGUCCCAGCGGGACAAGAAGGGCAAGGAGCACCUGGCUCCCACUGUCCGUGCCACCGUCACCCAGUUCAACAAUGUGGCCAACUGCGUCAUCACUACCUGCCUGGGAGACCGGAGUGUGACGGCCCGGGCCAGGGCCAGGGUGGUGGAGCACUGGAUCGAGGUGGCCAGGGAGUGCCGGGUCCUGAAGAACUUCUCCUCGCUCUACGCCAUCCUCUCCGCCCUCCAGAGCAACUCGAUCCACCGACUGAAGAAGACGUGGGAAGAAGUUUCCAGUGCCCAGGACCCUGCCCCCUGGUGCGUGCUCUCGGUAGUGCAGCCUGAGGGGUGCCGGGGGAGACUGAUCAACUUCGAGAAGAGGAGGAAGGAAUUCGAAGUCAUUGCCCAGAUCAAGCUGCUGCAGUCAGCCUGCAACAAUUACAGCCUGGAGCCUGAGCAGCACUUUGGGUCCUGGUUCCGGGCUGUGGAGCGGCUCAGCGAGACUGAGAGCUACAACCUGUCGUGUGAGCUGGAGCCCCCCUCCGAGUCAGCCAGCAAUACCCUGAAAGCCAAGAAGAACACCGCCAUUGUCAAGCGCUGGAGCGACCGCCAGGCCCCCAGCACGGAGCUGAGCACCAGCGGCAGCUCCCACUCCAAGUCCUGUGACCAGCUCAGGUGUGGCCCCUACCUCAGCAGCGGGGACAUCGCAGACGCUCUCAGCGUGCACUCGGCCGGCUCUUCCAGCUCCGAUGUGGAGGAGAUCAACAUGAGCUUUGUCCCGGAGUCCCCCGAUGGCCAGGAGAAGAAGUUCUGGGAAUCAACCUCCCCAUGGUCCCCGGAGACCUCCGGCGUCAGCUCGGCCUCCAGCACCUCGUCCUCCUCAGCCUGUACCACGCCUGUGGCCAGCGCCCGCACACACAAGCGCUCGGUCUCAGGGGUCAGCAGCUACAGCUCGUCACUGCCACUCUACAACCAGCAGGUGGGCGACUCCUGCAUCAUCCGUGUCAGCCUGGACGUGGACAAUGGCAACUUGUACAAGAGCAUCCUGGUGACCAGCCAAGACAAGGCCCCGGCUGUCAUCCGCAAGGCCAUGGACAAGCACAACCUGGACGGCGAUGAACCGGAGCAGUACGAGCUGGUGCAGGUCAUCUCAGACGAGCGAAAGCUGAAGAUCCCCGACAAUGCCAACGUAUUCUACGCCAUGAACUCAACUGCCAACUAUGACUUUGUCCUAAAGAAACGGACCUUCACCAAGGGGGCAAAGGUCAGGCAUGGAGCCAGCUCAACCCUCCCCCGUAUGAAGCAGAAGGGACUUAAGAUUGCCAAGGGCAUCUUCUAACCGGCCCCUGAUGCUGGCCAGCCACAGGACCACCUUUCCAGGGUUGGGCUGGCCAGGCCACUAAGCACGUGCAGACCACAGUGGCCCAGGCCAGGCGGGCACCUUGUGCCCAGCCUGUGAGCCCAGGCCACCCCCAGACUGCAGUUCACCCUGAACUUCUCCUGUCGCCGGGAUUGACGCCUGCUGGUCGCAGGCUGACCUGGCCUGUGGACCCCUCGCUGCCUUAGGUGCCUUCUAGAAGCUCUCUGGGACCAGAGGACUAGCUGGCUUUGCCAAGGAGGGUUGCCCAUGGGUGUGGAGCCCUGCAUGCCGCCAGGCACUGCCUUCUGCGCACGUCCCUGACACCUUCCAGGGGUGGGUCACUGCCACUUGUGCCCAUGGGCACCCCAGGGCACCCACUCGUCCGCUGGGUCUGACCACUGCAGUUCUCUCCUCGUGCCCUCAGGCACUGGCCGUGCCCUUCAGGAGGGUCCCGGCCCUUCCUCCCACCACUCAAGCCUUCCUCAGGCUGCACCAAAGAUUCCAUCAUCAGGGUCAUCUGAGCGGGCGGGAGCCUGGCCACCCCCAUCCCAGCCCUCCCUCGGGAGAGGAGAGAGGGACUUUCUCCAUGGACCACACUCUUCACCCGGUGAGUGAGGACAGUCUCAGCCGAGUCCCUCCGACGUCAGAUCUCAUGACACUGCAAGUGCCAUUCACCGCUGCAUCCUGGGCCACACGAGACCACACGAGACGGGGUUAGUGGGAAAGGAGGACUUGGGGGAGGGGAAGUGAAUGUUUGUAUAAAAGGCAAAAAAAAAAAAAAUGUUUACCGGUUGGGGAGGGGCAAUAUUUAUUUGUUGUAAAUAGCAAAUGCUAGACUUGAAUAUUAUAUUAAAACCCUGUUUCUACUAUA